UGGGUUCCUUUCCUGGCAGGGAGCAGGGAGUGAGUGCGUCUUUCAUGAGCUAACCCUGUUCCGCUGGGAGGGCUGUUCCUUUAAUUCACCAACUGAAAAAGUAGGAAAGGAUGUCUGGAGGCGAGGCGUCCCAUUACAGAGGCAGGAGCUGCUAUAUAAGCCAGCCAAAGCUGGCUGCGCUGGCCACAGCCUGCCUACUGUCACUGCUCUCCUACAAGCGCAGACUCACGCCGGCCUCUCUUCGCACAAAGACUGUGUGGCUGCGGGUGACGCUGGGGGCAGCGCACGUGGGAGCCCCGCUGCUCACAGCCAGGCACUGACUCCAUGGAGCUGGUUCAUUCAAGGAUCUAGGUCCUUCCCAACUCCGGAGAGAAGAGAAUUCCUUUGAGAAGAUCAGGAACCCACUCAUCUGGAUUCUCCUCUGUGCUUCCACAUCCGCACUUCUGCCUGAGACUGAGACAGCCUAGGAGCGAAAGCACAAAAACCCCCUAGCCAAACCCACCUCCACCAUGGGGGCCAUGACCCGGCUGUUGGCGGGCAUCCUCCUAGCCUUGUUCACCCUCACAACUGAAGGUGGGGUCCUGAAGAAAGUCAUCCGGCACAAGCGACAAAGCGGGGUCAAUGUCACUCUGCCAGAGGAACAGCAGCCGGUAGUGUUUAACCACGUCUACAACAUCAAGCUGCCUGUCGGUUCCCAGUGCUCAGUGGAUCUGGAAUCAGCCAGUGGGGAGAAGGACCUGGCCCCACCAUCAGAGCCCACUGAGAGCUUCCAGGAGCACACGGUCGACGGGGAAAACCAGAUCGUCUUCACACACCGCAUCAACAUCCCCCGCCGAGCCUGCGGUUGCGCGGCGGCUCCCGACGUCAAGGAGCUUCUGAACAGACUGGAGGAGCUGGAGACCCUGGUGUCUUCCCUGCGGGAGCAGUGCACCAUGGGAGCCGGCUGCUGUCUCCAGCCUGCUGAAGGCCGCCUGGACACGAGACCCUUCUGCAGCGGCCGAGGAAACUUCAGCACGGAAGGCUGCGGCUGUGUGUGCGAGCCUGGAUGGAAGGGCCCCAACUGCUCGGAGCCCGAAUGUCCUGGCAACUGUCACCUGCGCGGCCAGUGCGUGGAUGGACAGUGCGUGUGCGACGAGGGCUUCACGGGGGAGGACUGCAGCCAGCCGGCCUGCCCCGGUGACUGCAACGACCAGGGCAAGUGCGUGGGCGGGGUCUGCGUGUGUUUCGAAGGCUACGCGGGGGCCGACUGCAGCCGGGAGCUGUGCCCGGUGGCGUGCAGCGAGGAGCACGGCCGCUGCGUGGACGGCCGCUGCGUGUGCCAGGACGGCUUCGCGGGCCACGACUGCAACGAGCCGCUCUGCCUCAACAACUGCCACGGCCGAGGGCGGUGCGUGGAGAACGAGUGCGUGUGCGACGAGGGCUUCACGGGGGAGGACUGCAGCGAGCUCAUCUGCCCCAACGACUGCUUUGACCGCGGCCGCUGCGUCAACGGCACCUGCUACUGCGAGCAGGGCUUCACGGGCGAGGACUGUGGCCAGCUCAGCUGCCCGAACGCCUGCACCGGCCACGGCCGCUGCGAGCAGGGCCAGUGUGUGUGCGACCCGGGCUUCGCCGGGCCUGACUGCAGCGAGAAGAGGUGUCCCGCCGACUGCAACCAGCACGGCCGCUGCGUGGACGGCCAGUGUGAGUGUGACGCCGGCUUCACGGGAGCGGACUGCGGUGAGCUCCAGUGUCCCAAUGGCUGCAGCGGUCACGGCCGCUGCGUCAACGGGCAGUGCGUGUGCGACGAGGGCCACACCGGGGAGGACUGUGGCCAGCUGCGGUGCCCCAACGACUGUCACAGCCGGGGCAGCUGCGUCUGGGGCAAGUGCGUGUGCGAGCCGGGCUUCCAGGGCUACGACUGCAGCGACAUGAGCUGCCCCAACGACUGCCACCAGCACGGCCGCUGCGUGAACGGCAUGUGUGUCUGCGACGACGGCUACACCGGGGAAGACUGCCGGGACCUGCGCUGCCCCCGGGACUGUAGCAGCCGCGGCCGCUGCGUGGAUGGGCGCUGCGAGUGUGAGCACGGCUUCACCGGCCCUGACUGCGCAGAUCUCGCGUGCCCCGACGACUGCCACGGCCAAGGCCGCUGUGUGAAUGGGCAGUGCGUGUGCCACGAGGGUUUCAUGGGCGCCACGUGCCAGGAACGGAGGUGUCCCGGCGACUGCCACGGCCACGGCCGCUGCGAGGACGGGCAGUGCGUCUGCCAGGAGGGCUUCGCGGGCCCCGACUGCGGGCGGCGCUCCUGCCCCAAUGACUGCAGCGGCUGGGGCCAGUGCGUGGAGGGCCGCUGCAUCUGCAGCGAGGGCUACUCCGGGGACGACUGCUCCGAGGUGUCCCCUCCUAAAGACCUCAUCGUGACAGAAGUGACUGAAGAGACUGUAAACCUGGCCUGGGACAACGAGAUGCGGGUCACGGAGUACCUGGUCAUGUACACGCCCACCCACGAGGACGGCCUGGAAAUGCAGUUCCGCGUGCCCGGGGACCAGACAUCCACCACUAUCCGGGAGCUGGAGCCAGGCGUGGAGUACUUUAUCCGCGUCUUCGCCAUCCUGGAAAACAAGAAGAGCAUUCCCGUCAGCGCCAGAGUGGCCACGUACCUGCCUGCGCCUGAAGGCCUAAAGUUCAAGUCCAUCAAAGAGACAUCUGUGGAAGUGGAGUGGGAUCCUCUGGACAUUGCUUUUGAAACGUGGGAGAUCAUCUUUCGGAAUAUGAAUAAAGAAGAUGAGGGAGAGAUCACCAAAAGCCUGAGGAGGCCAGAGACCACAUACCGGCAGACGGGCCUAGCUCCCGGGCAAGAAUAUGAGAUCUCUCUGCACAUCGUGAAAAACAAUACGCGGGGCCCGGGCCUGAAGAGGGUGACCACCACCCGUUUGGAUGCCCCCAGCCAGAUCGAGGUGAAAGAUGUGACGGACACCACAGCCCUGAUCACUUGGUUCAAGCCUCUGGCCGAGAUCGAUGGCAUUGAGCUCUCCUACGGGAUCAAAGAUGUGCCUGGCGACCGCACCACCAUUGAUCUCACCCAGGAUGAGAACCAGUACUCCAUCGGUAACCUGAAGCCGGACACCGAGUAUGAGGUGUCCCUCAUCUCCCGCAGAGGUGACAUGUCCAGCAACCCGGCCAAGGAGACCUUCACAACAGGCCUGGAUGCUCCUAGGAAUCUCCGUCGCGUCUCCCAGACGGACAACAGCAUCACCCUGGAAUGGAAGAACGGCAAGGCGGCCCCUGACAGUUACAGAAUUAAGUAUGCACCCAUCUCGGGAGGUGACCACGCCGAGGUCGAAGUCCCACGGAGCCAGCAAGCCACCACCAAAGCCACGCUCAUAGGUUUGAGGCCAGGAACUGAAUAUGGGAUUGGAGUGUCUGCUGUGAAGGCUGACAAGGAGAGCGACCCAGCCACCAUCAAUGCGGCCACAGACAUGGACGCACCCAGGGACCUACGCGUUUCUGAAACCACAGAGACCAACCUGACCCUGCUCUGGAGGAGGCCUUUAGCCAAAUUUGACCAUUACCGCCUCAACUAUAGCCUGCCCUCUGGCCAGCCGGUGGAUGUGAAGCUUCCUAGAGACACCACGUCCUAUGUCCUGAGAGGCCUGGAACCCGGGAAGGAAUACAGCAUCCUCCUCAUCGCCGAGAAGGGCAGACAGAAGAGCAAACCCGCACGAGUAAAGGCAUCUACAGGCCAUGCCCCUGAACUGGAAAACCUCACCGUGACCGAGGUUGGCUGGGAUGGCCUCCAACUCAACUGGACCGCAACUGACCAGGCCUAUGAGCACUUUGUCAUUCAGGUGCAGGAGGCCAACGGGGUGGAAGCAGCUCAGAACCUCACGGUACCCGGCAGCCUGCGGGCUGUGGACAUCCCAGGCCUCAAGGCCGCCACCCCGUAUAGAGUCACCAUCUACGGGGUGAUCGGGGGCUAUAGGACACCGGUGCUCUCUGCUGAGGCCUCUACAGGGGCAACUCCCGGUCUGGGAGAGGUCGCUGUGUCCGAGGUACGCUGGGAUGCCCUCAGGCUCAACUGGACUGCUCCGGAAGGAGCCUAUGAACAGUUUUUCAUUCAGGUGCAGGAGACUGAUGCGGUCGAGGCGGCCCAGAACCUCACAGUCCCGGGAGGACUGAGGUCCGUGGACCUGCCUGGGCUCAAAGCAGCCACUCACUAUAGCGUCACCAUCCGUGGGGUCACACGGGACUUCAGCACGACUCCUCUCUCUGUUGAAGUCUUGACAGAGGAGCUCCCCCAGCUUGGGGACUUAGCCGUGACCGAGGUUGGCUGGGAUGGCCUCCAACUCAACUGGACCACAACUGACCAGGCCUAUGAGCACUUUGUCAUUCAGGUGCAGGAGGCCAAUGGGGUGGAGGCAGCUCAGAACCUCACGGUGCCCGGCAGCCUGCGGGCUGUGGACGUCCCAGGCCUCAAGGCCGCCACCCCGUAUAGAGUCACCAUCUACGGGGUGAUCGAGGGCUAUAGGACACCGGUGCUCUCUGCCGAGGCCUCCACAGCCGCAGGACCUGAAAUUGGAAACCUAACUGUUUCUGACAUAACUCCUGAGAGCUUCAAUCUCUCCUGGACAGCCACCGACGGGGCCUUCGAGACCUUUACCAUUGAAAUUGUUGAUUCCAAUAGGUUCUUGGAGACGAUGAAAUACAAUAUCUCUGGUGCUGAACGAACCGCCCACAUCUCAGGGCUACCCCCUAAUAAUCACUUUGUUAUCUACCUCUCGGGACUCGCUCCCAGUGCCCGGACUCAGAUCGUCACCUCGGCCACCACAGAGCCAGAGCCACAGUUGGGCACGCUAAUCCUUAGCAAUAUUACUCCUGACAGCUUCAACGUGUCCUGGACCGCUCGAGCCGGGCCUUUUGCAAAGAUUGUUGUCAAUGUUAGCGAUUCUCACUCGCUGUAUGAGCCCCAGCAGCUGACAGUCUCAGGAGACACACAGCACGCUCACGUCACGGGCUUGGUGGAGAACACAAGCUAUGUCGUUAGUGUGGCGGGGACCACCUGGGCCGGGGACCCCACCAAGCCCCUCACGGCCUUUGUCACGACAGAGGCCUUGCCCCUUCUGGAAAACCUAACCAUUUCCGACAUUAAUCCCUACGGGUUCACAGUUUCCUGGAUGGCAUCGGAGAAUGCCUUUGACAGCUUCCUAGUAACGGUGGUGGAUUCUGGGAAGCUGCUGGACCCCCAGGAAUUCACACUUUCAGGAAACCAGAGGAAGCUGGAGCUUAGAGGCCUCAUAACUGGCAUUGGCUAUGAGGUUACGGUCUCUGGCUUCACCCAAGGGCACCAAACCAAGCCCUUGAGGGCUGAGAUUUUUACAGAAGCCGAGCCAGAGGUGGAUAAUCUUCUGGUUUCAGAUGCCACCCCAGAUGGUUUCCGUCUGUCCUGGACAGCUGAUGAAGGGGUCUUCGACAGUUUUGUUCUCAAAAUCAGAGAUACCAAAAAGCAGUCUGAGCCACUGGAAAUAACCCUACUUGCCCCCGAACGAACCAGGGACAUAACUGGUCUCAGAGAGGCCACCGAGUAUGAGAUUGAGCUCUAUGGAAUAAGCAGUGGAAGGCGAUCCCAACCAGUCCGUGCCUUAGCAACCACAGCCAUGGGCUCUCCGAAGGAGAUCAGUUUUUCAGACAUCACUGAAGAUUCGGCUACUGUCAGCUGGAUGGCGCCCUCUGCCCAGGUGGAGAGCUUCCGGGUUACCUACGUGCCCAUUGCAGGAGGGACACCGUCAGUGGUAACCGUGGAUGGAACCAAGACUCGGACCAGGCUAGUGAGGCUCUUACCGGGAGCAGAGUACCUUGUCAGUGUUGUCGCCAUGAAGGGCUUAGAGGAAAGCGAACCAGUCUCGGGAUCCUUCGCCACAGCUCUGGAUGGCCCAUCUGGCCUGGUGACAUCCAACAUCACCGACACGGAAGCCCUGGCCAUGUGGCAGCCAGCCCUCGCCCCCGUGGAUAGUUACAUCAUCUCCUACACAGGGGAGAGAGUGCCAGAAAUUACGCGCACAGUGUCCGGGAACACGGUGGAGUACACUCUGACCGACCUCGAUCCUGCCACGGAGUACACACUGAGGAUCUUUGCAGAGAAAGGACCCCAGAAGAGCUCCGUCAUCACUGCCAAGUUCACAACAGACCUUGAUUCUCCAAGGGACUUGACUGCUACUGAAGUUCUGUCGGAAACCGCCCUCCUCACCUGGAGAGCCCCCCGGGCGUCAGUCACCGGUUACCUACUGGUGUAUGAAUCUGUCGAUGGCACAGUCAAGGAAGUCAUUCUGGGUCCAGAAACCACCUCCUAUAGCCUGGCGGAGCUGAGCCCCUCCACCCACUACACAGCCAAGAUCCAGGCACUGAAUGGGCCCCUGAGGAGCAAGUUGGUCCAGACUGUCUUUACCACAACUGGGCUCCUGUACCCAUUCCCCCGGGACUGCUCCCAAGCAAUGCUGAAUGGGGACACCACCUCUGGUCUCUACACCAUUUACCUGAAUGGUGAUAAGGCUCAGGCUCUGGAAGUCUUCUGUGACAUGACCUCUGAUGGGGGUGGAUGGAUCGUGUUCCUGAGACGCAAGAAUGGACGUGAGGAUUUCUAUCGCAACUGGAAAGCCUAUGCUGCUGGAUUUGGGGACCGCAGAGAAGAGUUCUGGCUUGGGCUGGACAACCUCCACAAAAUCACAGCCCAAGGGCAGUACGAGCUCCGGGUGGACCUGCGUGACCACGGGAAGACCGCGUACGCCGUCUACGACAAGUUCAGCGUGGGGGAUGCCAAGACUCGCUACAAGCUGAGGGUGGAGGGCUACAGCGGGACCGCAGGUGACUCCAUGGCUUACCACAACGGCAGAUCCUUCUCCACCUUCGACAAGGACACGGACUCAGCCAUCACCAACUGCGCCCUGUCCUACAAGGGGGCUUUCUGGUAUAAGAACUGUCACCGUGUCAACCUGAUGGGGAGGUACGGGGACAACAACCACAGUCAGGGCAUCAACUGGUUCCAUUGGAAGGGCCACGAAUAUUCCAUCCAGUUUGCUGAGAUGAAGCUGAGACCCAGCAACUUCCGAAAUCUCGAAGGCAGGCGCAAGCGGGCGUAAAUUCCAGGAAAAACUAACUGGGUGGGAGAGGAGCAGGGCCCAGAGGAAGAAGCAAAUUUUACCAAAGUCUCAAUACAACCUGUCCAACCAUCAAGCCACACCCGGGUAUUUGGCAGGAGAUAAAGGUGACCGUGGAUCAUGGGGGCCGAUGACAAGAGCACUGGCCUCCCCUUCUCUGCGAGGACUUCCUUCGCACCAAAGACAACAGUCUCCACAGGUGUCUGUUUCAUUGUUUGAAUCAGCAAACAUCUUCCAUUGACAGCAUCAAGGUGGUUGUCUUGGGUGGCUCUGGGAAUGGGAGAGGGGUCGGCUGUACCGUGGUAGUUUGUGUUAGAACCAGCUGUAUUUUACACAAAGCUGUAUAAGUAUCAUUAUUGCUGUUCGCAGUGAUUCGGUGUGUGUCAUGGGAGGCCGUUCCCCCCUCCCCACCUUUUUUUUUUUUUUUUUACAUUUCAUGCAACAAAAACCAGAAAAGCAAUACUGUUUGGAAUUUAAGGAUAUGAUUAAUAUUAUUAAUAUAAUAAUAAUGAUGAAAACUAAGAAUUUUUAAAGAGAUCUUCCUUUCCAAAACACAUCUGGACAGUACCUGAUUGUAUUUUUUUUUUU